AUGAAUCAGUCCGCGCGCUAUCCCCCCGGAUCCCCCGACCCGGAGGAAGAGGAACAGGACAGCGCAAUCGCCUCAAUCCGCGCCGAGAUUCAAAAGCUUCAACGGCGCAAACGAACCUUCACAUCCAGCCUUCUCUCCGCCACGUCCGUCCAAAAGCUCCUCCGCAAACCACCAGCGGCCCUAACAUCCAUGACCGACGACCUCUCCCCCCUGGCACGCGCAGCCGGCAAACACUCCGACUCCAACCACUACCGGAUCGCCUUCGGUGCAACCGCAUUCCUGUUCAAAGACCCCUCACCGACCACAAAUGACAAUCUCCUCGGCGUGCGCCUCGACAUCUGCGCGCGUAAUGGCCGCUUCGCGAAGCCGUAUUACGUGCUCUUGAGACGGGAGCGCGUGCGUGGAAAGGACGAGAAGCGCUUGCGCGUUCACAGGCAUACGAUUCCUACGUUUAUUUCUAUUGCGAAGUUGGAAAAUGCAUUUUUGCCGUUCCCUGGCUCGAAGGUACAGAGGGGAGAGGAGAGUGAGGACGAGGACGCUGAGGCUUUGAAGCCUUGGAAGGGGCAUGGUGCGCGGAAGCAGGAUUUACGGGGCUUCGUGCGCGAGUUGAGACGUGAAUUGGCUGCGUGGCAUAUGAGGACUGACGCCGUUGAGUUCCUUCGUGAGAGAUUGGGUUUGGAUGAAGGGUCUCAGUCAGCUCCGGCCGAACGGUUGUCGCCUGUGACUGAUACAGGGGUUGUGUCUUUGGCGCCUACCGCUGUCGAGGCGCGAUAUGUACGGCUGGAGUGGGAGGACGGUCGUGUUGGACGGUUUAAGCUAUCUAAUUCCGGCCUUGUUGAGCGUGCAGUGGUCAUCGGCGACUCGGGCCGAGAUAAGCAGACGGAAGAUACAAUGACUGGCGGCGGAGGCAAAGUGGAAGGGCUGUUGGACCGGUUGCGAGAGCGUGGCCCGUCAACCGUGUGA